AAAGCUCUUCCACAAGAUAAUCCUAGCAAGAAAUAUCUCGCCCUCUUCACCCUUCGAAUAUCUGUCAGUUUCUGUACCUCCUCCGGCCAAAUCCCAUAUUACGCCAACGAUGGUCACCGCCACAACAACCGGCGCCGCCGCCACCUCCACAGCUUGUGGAACCUCCUAUCAAUACGAACUCCCCGUCCACGACGCCGCCUGUGGUGUGCCCAACCAAGCCAACUACUCGACCAUUUUCGACUCGUGCGCGCUUCCCGCCGGGGUGAAACCGUACGAUAACGACUGCGCACUCUACGCUCUUGCCGUGGGGCAAUCGGUGCAGGAUCUAACCGAUUGUCUGUACAAGGGCGGCGUCGCCUGGGCAGAUGUCUGGUGCACCGGCGACGUCAAUUCCACCGCGACCGCCACUUCCUUCCCCACUCCAACAAAAGCAAUAUCGAGUUCGACCUCCAAGAGCACAAAGGACUCGAAGUCCUCAACUACAAAGUCCGGGACUGCUGCGACGGCGUCGGCCACGGGAGGGGCGGGUGCUGUGACCCAUACAAGAAAGUACGCGGUGGGAUUAGUUGGCAUUUUGGUGAUGGCUAUUUUGUGUUAGAGAUAUGGAUGUGGGCUGUGUCACUUCAACGGACGUAUAGAGAAAAUGCUUCGUAAUGCUCAACUUGGGGGUUUCUGAUCCAUUCCGUUGUGGUCGUGUUCGUGAUCCAUGGCCGUAUAGAAUCAAACGCAGCUCCUA